AUGUGCCUGUUAAUAAGAUUAGUAAUUAAAAAGCUUGAUAGGAAUUGGCAAGCCUAGUUCCUCCGCCUUUCCCUCCCCUCCAAGCCGGGCUGGCGUGGAGUCUGAGGCAGGGCUGGCAGAGUACCUGAAGGAGUGAAGGCAGGAAGGCUCUGCUGCAACCUCUGCCUGCAAGUAGGCAAUGGAGAAAUCCCGGCCGCUAUGGGACAAUCCCCUGCAGUUUGUUUUCGCCUGCAUUUCCUAUGCUGUAGGGCUGGGAAAUGUGUGGAGGUUCCCAUACUUAUGCCAGAUGUACGGAGGAGGCGGCUUUUUGAUCCCAUAUUUCAUCAUGCUGAUUGUCGAGGGGAUGCCGCUGCUCUACUUGGAGCUGGCCGUGGGGCAGCGCAUGCGUCAGGGCAGCAUCGGUGCCUGGAAGAUGAUAAGUCCCUACCUCUGCGGUGUCGGCGUUGCCAGCGUCGUCGUCUCCUUCUUCCUCUCCAUGUACUACAACGUGAUAAACGCCUGGGCCUUCUGGUACCUCUUCCACUCCUUCCAGGACCCCCUGCCCUGGGCCACCUGCCCCCUGAACAGCAACCGCACCGGCUACGAGGAGGAAUGCGAGAAGACGUCGUCCACCCAGUACUUCUGGUACCGGCAGACCCUCAACAUCUCUCCGUCGCUGGAGGCCAGCGGGAGCGGGCCGGGGGAGGAGGCGCCCUGCCCGACCCCGCCUCUCCCCAGCAGCAGCCGUCCCCUCUGCCUUGUGCUGACCUGCUAGCUGAUCUAUUACUGCCAGUCUCGCGUAUUCUUUAGGCCAAGGUCUUUCCCCUCUGUCCCCCAGGUGGUCUAUGUAACAGCUUCUUUGCCAUACUGCGUUCUCAUCAUAUACCUCAUCAGAGGAUUAACACUUCAUGGAGCUGUGAAUGGGCUCAUCUACAUGUUCACACCAAAGCUGGAGCAGCUGUCGAACCCCAAGGCGUGGAUCAGCGCCGCCACGCAGAUCUUCUUCUCUCUCUGCCUGGGCUUUGGCAGCCUCAUCGCAUUCGCCAGCUACAACGAGCCCAGCAACAACUGCGAGAGGCACGCCAUCAUCGUCUCGCUGAUCAACAGCGCCACGUCCAUAUUUGCCAGCAUCGUCACUUUCUCCAUCUACGGCUUCAAGGCGACGUUUAACUACGAAAGCUGUAUAAACAGGGUGAUCCUGCUGCUGAUGAAUGCUUUCGACCUGGAGGAAGGCUCUUUGACAGCAGACAACCUCAACGAGAUGAAAGACUACCUCAUGGCCACCCACCCGCACCAGUACGAGCAGUUAGCGCCGCAGCUUAAAAACUGCAGCUUGGAAGCUGAACUGGACACGGCUGUCCAGGGGACGGGACUGGCAUUUAUAGUCUAUUCUGAAGCGAUUAAAAACAUGGAGGUGCCCCAGCUGUACUCCGUGCUCUACUUCGUCAUGCUGCUGAUGCUGGGCAUCGGCAGCAUUUUGGGAAACACUGCUGCUAUCCUCACGCCGCUGACCGACAGCAGGGUCAUUGCUGCCCGAUUCCCCAAGGAGGUGAUCUCAGGGUUUGUGUGUUUCAUUAACUGCGUGAUUGGCCUGAUCUUCACCAUGGAGGCUGGAAAUUAUUGGUUUGACAUAUUCAACGACUACGCAGCCACCCUCUCGCUGCUGCUCAUCGUGCUGGUAGAAACCAUUGCCGUGUGUUACAUCUACGGGAUAAGAAGAUUUGAGAAAGACCUUCACACCAUGAUUGGACGCAAGCCAAACUGGUACUGGAAAAUCAUGUGGGCUUUUGCUAGCCCUUUGCUAAUUGUAAGCCUAUUUAUAUUUUACCUCACCGACUAUAUCCUCACAGGAACACUGCAAUACCAAGCAUGGGAUGCCACACAGGGGCAGCUGGUGACGAAGGAUUACCCAGGCUACGCCCUGGCAGUGAUCGGGCUGCUGGUGGCGGCGUCCACCCUGUGCAUACCCCUGGGGGCACUAGUAACUUUCGUAAGGAAGAGACUGAAGAGGGAAAGCGUUUCCACCCUUGCAUGA